GACAUAAUUUAAGAACGAAAACUGUCCCUUUUCUUCUUCUUCUACGGUACGCUAGCGUCACUGUCUGUUUUUCACCUAGACCACUGCCUUAACCGGCGUGCAAGGUUUGUUUCUUCACUGCUUCUUCCUUAGUAUGGAUGAUCUCAGAGUUCCAUUUUUUCUUCUUAUUUUGCUCUCUUUCUCAUUAAGAUGUGAAUCAUGGGGUUGGUUUUCAUCAUCCAAAGAGAGUCAUUCUAGUGAGAGGACUUACGAAAAUCAAGCAAAUUUUAGAGGUUCUAGUGCUGAAUUCUCAAUUGAGCCUUUCAAUGAUCCAAAGGGAAUAAAACUAGUAGAGAAUGCUAAGAAUAAAAUGGCUGGAUCAAAUGCUUGCUGGCAAAAUGCUUAUAGACAUCUUUUUGCUGGAUGUUCUGAGAUUUUGGCUUCCGAUGACAAAAGAUCUAGAUUAGCUUGGCAUUUAAGUGAUUGUUUUCAAAGAGAUUCUGGUAGAGCUUCCUUUCCUAAUUGUGACUCAAAAACACCGAUCGCUAAAUGUCUGAGAAACUUAGAUGAUCUUGCUCAUAAGGUUUAUCUUGAAUUCUACCUUGAAACCAACUCCAUUUGCUAUCAGUUACAGACACAUGCGUUUAAACAUGAAACUGAGAGGCUUGUGACUGAACUGAAAAGUUCUGCUCAGUAUGUUGAGGAUAAGUUAGAUAGCAUUGAAGAGAAAUCAGAUAAUCUAUUACAAAACUCAAAACAAAUUUCCGAGUCUCUUGAAUCCGUUAAUACUAACACACAGCUAGUAGCACAAACUGUCAAGAAUGUGGAGGGUCACAUUGAUGUGGUAUUAAGACAUUCUGAGAGUGUUUAUGAGCAAACUACGAAAAUUGCAGCAUCGCAAUCCCAACUAAAAGAAGGCCAAGAGGACAUGAAGAGGAGUUUAGAGGACGGAGUAGCAUUGCUUAAAGAAUCUUAUAGUUAUUUGGGAAAGGAAAUUGACAAGUUAAGAGAUGAAGCCAUUGAGAUUGAGAAUGAGGUGAUUAAAGUAGGAGAUACAAUGUCAUCGAAGAUGAACAAUCUUCAAAACAAAGCUGAAGAUAUUGGAAACAUGGCAGGGAUCUCUUUAGAUAAACAACAACAACUUUUAGACGGACAAUCCACCGCACUCAAGGGACUAAAUUCAUUGAAUGAAGUUCAAUUCAAAGCACUUGAAGAAAGCAGGAAAAGCCUGCAAUAUUUUGCAGAAUAUGGACAUAGGCAACAAGAAGAGCUUCUAAAGGGACAGGAACAGAUUCAAGGACUACAUGAUAAAUUAAUGGAGAGUUCAAAAACAAUAUUGUCUGCUCAGGAAUCGUUUGAAGCAAAACAGGCCACUAUGUUUGUUGCUUUGGAUAAACUUUUUGCUUUGCAAAAUGCCAUGUUGCUUGAAUCAAGAGUGAUUAAAGCUUUCUUCAUUUAUUCAAUAUCAAUCUUUGUCAUCUUUAUGUUGACUAGCACAAAACUAACUUAUAAUAUCAGACCGAUACUUUAUAUCGAGUUUUGUGUUGCUCUCAUGGUUGAAGUAUUCAUUAUUCGUUUGAUAAAUGAUAACAUGGAGAAACAAACAUGGAUAAUCAACAAAGUCAGACUAUGUUUCAUGCUAGCCGGUUCAGUUCAACUAUUAUAUGCAAUAUGCACAUACAAAGACUUUGAAAAGAUGAACCAUCAAAUGCUACUGACACUAGUUAACAAGAUUAACAACUUUCAAAACAUUCAAAAAAUGGAAGAGACUUCUUGGAACUUUGACGAUGGUGAUGACGAUGUGGAUUGGUCUCAAUGGAUAGAUAAUGAUUUAUCUGAUGAUGUCAAUGAGCUGGAUGAUCCCGACUUUAUAAUUCCAGAAGAAGUUGCAGAGAAUUCGAUCUCAAUCUCUCCGAGUACAAAAAAGUAUAAUCUACGCUUCCGCAACCGAUUAUAUUGACUCUUGUCACCCUCGAAUAAACAUCUUAUUCUUUUCUUUGUUUCGUUUACUGGUCAUCCUACCCAAGUUUUGAGUUUGAUAUCAAUAUUUUAACACACCCUUAUACUAUUUUUUUUUGUAAUGAAUUAGAUAUUUGAAGUCAUAUAAAUGAUGUAGAAUUAGAACUUUAUAUUUUAGUAAUUUAUUUCAUGUUAAAGGUUAUAUACUACUGUAAAUUUGUUAAUGAGACGGCUAGGUGAAUGCUGAUGCUCUAAAUGUUUGAUUGAAUGAAAGUGGAUAAAAAAUAUAAGAAAAUAAAGUUAUAUACUUAAUAACUGAUGUAGUUAUUUUGGUAUAAAAAUUAAUAUAUUAAUAAAAAUUUAAUAUUAAUAAA